GUAAGACAUAUAUACAGCGAAACCCUAGAUAUAAAUACUCUCAACCUUUCCAACUCUCGGCUCAGUCACUCGCUGCCUCCAAAGCCCCUCCUUCUCAAACUCGCACAAGAAAUCCAAUCCAAUCCAAUGGCUCCGAAGAAGGAAAAGGCACCGCCGCCGUCGUCGAAGCCGGCCAAGUCCGGCGGAGGGAAGCAGAAGAAGAAGAAAUGGAGCAAAGGAAAGCAGAAGGAGAAGGUCAACAACAUGGUGCUGUUUGACCAGGCCACCUACGAUAAGCUGCUGUCUGAGGCCCCCAAGUUCAAGCUGAUCACACCGUCCAUUCUCUCCGAUCGUCUCAGGAUCAACGGCUCUCUGGCCAGGAGGGCAAUCAAGGACUUGAUGGCUAGGGGUUCCAUCAGGAUGGUCUCUUCUCACGCCAGCCAGCAGAUCUACACUAGGGCAACCAACACCUAGGAUGGUCUCUACUGCGUUGCUUUUCGUGUUUCGACUGUGUAGUAUGAGGGUUCUAGUUCUAGCUUAUCGGGUUUUGUUAACUGUUAUUUUGUUCUGAGACUACUUAGAAUCACUCUCAAUUUGCUGUCAUUACUUCUAUAUCAUUAUUUUCAGCUAUAUCUGUUUCUGAUUGAUUCAUUUGUUUCUUGCC